CACUUCUAGAGUUUAGCUAUAGCCUCACUGCUAGAGCGCCGCCAUGGCUCAGGUAAGGGGCAGUGCUCGUGGCACUGGCAGUGGCAGCAGCGCCGCCGCGCUGGCGCUGGUCCUCCUGUGCGCGCUCCUCCGCGGCGAGUUCGCCGAGUCGGCGGUGUACACGGUCGGCGACCGCGGCGGGUGGAGCUUCAACACCGCCAGCUGGCCCAACGGCAAGCGUUUCCGCGCCGGCGACGUCCUCGUGUUCAGGUACGACGCCAGGGCGCACAACGUGGUGCCCGUGAGCGCGGCGGGGUACAGCUCGUGCAGCGCGCCCGAGGGCGCCAGGGCGCUCGCCACCGGGAACGACCGCGUCACGCUGAGGCGCGGCGCCAACUACUUCAUCUGCAGCUUCCCAGGCCACUGCCAGGCCGGCAUGAAGGUCGCCGUCACCGCCGCCUAGGCACUGCAGGGCGGCCAAUCAGCCGGCGGAGAGCGCCGCGCUCACGGAGUAGUAAAGCACGUAGCUAAUUAGACGGUGCUGCCCUUGUUGUUCAAUAAUAUCGUCUGUCGUCCCGUACUUCAUAACCUGCGCGGCGUGUUAGUAGUUGUUUGGUGGUGUUUGGCGACUGGCACUAUAAAGAAGGGUCAGAUCGAGUGAUGUACUUGCUACCAAUAAAGGUAUACGGUUUGUGUGUUCA